AUGAGUAAACUACGGAUUGCAGUCCAAGGAUGCUGUCACGGAGAACUAAAUGCGAUCUUCAAUGAAGUCAAUAGACUAAACAACAAAGAAAAAAUCGAUCUAUUAAUCAUACUUGGUGAUUUCCAAAGUUUAAGAUCGAGAGAUGAUUUCAAUUCUAUUAGUAUCCCUCCAAAAUAUCAAAAAUUAGGGGAUUUCAGACAAUAUUAUAUUGAUAGUAAUAAGCGUGCUCCCGUUCCGACAAUAUUCAUUGGAGGGAAUCAUGAAAGUAUGAAACAUUUGAUGCUGUUACCGUACGGCGGCUAUGCUGCCAAUGAGAUUUAUUAUUUGGGUUAUUCUAAUGUGAUUUGGUUUAAAGGUGUUAGGAUUGGAUCGUUGAGUGGUAUUUAUAAGAAAUGGGAUGUUGAUAGAGUAAGGCCAAACUACUCUGAUUUGGAGCGAUUCAAUACAUGGCAGAAAAAUGUAAGGAAUUUGUAUCACGUUAGGAAGCAUGAUUUGGUCCCAUUGUUUAUGAUUAGACAAAAUGUUGAUUUGAUGUUAAGUCAUGAUUGGCCUAGUGGAGUGGUUUAUUAUGGUGAUAUGCAAAGAUUAUUGAAAUUUAAACCCUUUUUCAAAAAUGAUAUCCAAGCUAAGGAACUCGGUAGUCCAUUAAAUUGGCAAUUGUUGAAGGAUUUACAGCCUAAAUGGUGGUUAAGUGCACAUCUACACUGUAGAUAUGAAGCACGCAUCAGGCAUACUAAAAGGAAGACUCAAGAAGAUACAAAUGUCGAAAAGAGAACUGUCCUCAAAAAUAACGCCGAAAUUGAUUUAGGUUUAUCAAGUGAUGAGGAUACGGAUGCCAUAGAAAACAAACAAUCAACUGGGGAGAUGAAGCAAAAAGGGGUUAUACAAAAAAACUCUGCUGAGAUAUCAUUGGAUCUAUCAAGUGACGAAGAGCAUGCGUCAACUACUAAUACAUUGGGUCAUAUCCAAGUACCAGGUAAUGAAAAUCCAACCACAACUGAAGAAGAUAAAGAAAUACUGUAUGCUGAAAACUCUGAUCAUAACAAAGAUAGAAUUGACGAAACAGUUUUCUUAUCCCUAGAUAAAUGUUUACCAAGAAGGAAAUGGCUAGAAAUUAUUGAAGUUGAUGCUAAUGAAAAACACCCCUCUUACAAAUCUGAUAAUGUUUACUGGGAUUGCGAAUUUAUUCGUAAUUUGCAAUAUUUGGAAAAGCACAAGGAAAAAAUAAGGGAAAGACCAUUCAAUACGUUAAAUUGGCACGAAAUGAUUAAAGAACGUUCGAUAGGCCUCAAUAACGAUGAAGAAAUUGAUUGGUCAAACUUCAUAAUACCGAGGUAUGAAUUCGAUAUCCAGAAGAAAGAAGUGGAGCAAACAAGGUUUUUCAAAGAUAAGUUUUUGAGAUUGCACAAAUGA